AUGACCAAUACAAACCCCUCAGAAAGUACUGACUUCAAGUUGGACGCACGCAAUGAGCCUAGUGCUCACUUAAUCGAGGAGAAUGUGGCUCUUCCCGAAGACAUGUUCAAGUCGUACUGGAGUUACUUGCUCUACGAAGUGGUUCGUUAUAAGCCAAUUAUGGUUUUCGUUCUAAUAAAGGUGAGUUUGAUUUUAUUCGGUGUGAUUUUUCAUGAUAACGAGGAUUGCGUUGGAUUUUCUAUGCUCUUUCUCUUCUUCACCUUACUCAUUUCAAUAUAUCCUGUAACCCUUUUCUGGUUACGUGUCAAUGAUCGAGAUUUUGAAAUAGAGCUUCUAGUGGAAGUCAUCGCACGCAAGCCAGCGGUGAAGGGGAAAGAAUGGAGAACCAUCACGUACAAGAUGAAUCGGUACCUAUUCAACGAGGGAAAAUGGAAUACCCCCUACUACUUUUAUUGCGAAGAGAGUUGCCAUCGUUAUUUUUUGAGACUUAUUGAAGGAAGAACUUUCCAGAAGCAGCCAGCCACUGGCACACCAAAUGAAGGCCCUGAAAGUUUUACCUUCCAAUCCGGACCAGACUUGCAAAAGCUCCUCUCCAAGGCAGCAGAGAUCGAACAACAAUCUCAGCAUAAUUACUGGCGUGUGCAGUAUCCCGAAAUCGAUGCACAUUCAUAG